AUGAACAGAACCGCAGAAAUGGCUCCCGAGAAGAACCAGAGCACCAACCCCGUCGUCGUGUCUUCCAACAGCAAAGGCAACGACAACGGCCCUGGCACCACCGACGCCAGAGCCUGCGUCCGCGCCAGCGCCCGCGGUGACGACGGCCUUGUGUCCUCUGUUUCCUCCUCCUCCUCGGCGUCAGCGUCUUCCUCUCCCUCUCCCUCUCCGGUCUCCGCGCCCAUCCCCUCCUCCGCCGCUGCCGCCAGCACGGGCAACCGUGUUGCUGCUGGUGGUGGGGGUAAAGCCAGGUGGAUGAGCGCCCCGGAGCAGGCGCGGUUGAAGUACGUGCACGUGCGAGCCGCGGCCUCGUACAUUGGUGUGCUCAGGUCGCCCUUCUUCCCCCAGGACGGAGCGGCGUACCUGGCGCACCUGGCGAGCGUCAAGGCGCGCGAGUUGGAGAAGAUGCGAGCCAAGCUAGAGGCAAGGUUGUCGAAAGAUGCCAAGACAAAGUCAAAGUCGAAGUUGAAGUCGUCCGGGGGUUUGUUGUCGUCUCGCUGGGCUCUGUUGCCUGUUGUUAGGGUCUCUGGGGGUCUUGCAUCGUGCUGGGUCCCGCUUUACCAUGGCGGUGGUGGUGGUGCCUCCGGGCUGCUGCUGCUGCCGUCGGUAGAGUAUGGACACUAUAACAAUGACAAUGACAAUGUCGAAGGGGGUGUGAAGAGUGAGGGUGAUAAGGCCAAGGGGAAGGCUGUGUCUGCUGCUGCUGCUGCUUCUUCUUCGGAGGAGGCGGCGGCGGCGGCGGCUGGAACCGAGCCGCCAUCUUCUUCUUCCACCUUCGGAAACGGCCGUUCGUCUGGGGGUAACGAGGGGUCUCCCAGAGGCAACCCCAGCAAUAGGGUCAACACUAGCAUUGACACUCUUCCUUCUGCUUUUUCUUCUUCUGAAGCUUUUGCCGCGGCUGCCAGUACCUUCGACACCAGCAUCACCUCCGACACCCCCUCCGACACCACUUCUGCCGCCAACCGUGGAUUCUCCAUUCGUAGAGGACUCACGCCUCCUUCAUCUCCCUGCCCUCCCGCGCCUCGUCUAGCUCCCCUGCUGAAGGGCAAGACGAACUUGACGGAGGACUUCCUCUCGGUUGUCCUGGCCAAGCCGAAUCCGUUCAACGGGUUUUGGACCGUCAAGUCUCCGGAUUCGGAUAACGUCUCCUCGCCUGGGCCUGAGAACAUCCCGUUUCCAAGCGCGGCCGAGUACAUGUACGAAGCCAACCGCCGCGUUAGCCAGGUUUCCCCGGGGCAACCCAGCCUGAGCGCGCGCGAUAACGUUGUCGCUGCUGGUCCUGGCCACGUUCAUGCCGAUAAGAGGAACAAGAAGAUGAAGAAGCAGAAGUGGAAGCAGGAAGGAAGCAAAGGUAGCAAGCUGCGUGCGCCCGAGUCCGUCGUGCCGCCUGUGUCCGUGGUCCGGGGUCCGCCCAGCCGUGCUUGGCCUUUGCCUCGCUGGCAAGGGCACAUCAGGAACAGUGAUGCUGGACACCAGAACCACAAUCAGCAUAUGUACAUGGACCUAGGCUAUGUGCGCCGCCUUUGGUCGGAAAAGCUGGAGCUGCAUCAGCAGUUCGCGCGCUUGAGGAAGGCCGAAUUGGCUUUGUAUGCCGACCAGAAGCGAGAGCUGGCUGAGUCCGGGAUCGAGGGGCUCAUCACCUCUCCUACCGGCAGGACUCACCAUGAGCUCGAGCUGAUGGUCGGUGAGGCCCAAUUUGAUUUCAGCAGCAGACAGGUGGUUUCGGCUCCUGAUCUUGUUUAUCGCAGCGGUCUCGCCUCUUCGGUGGCAGAACCAGCUCACCAUCACACAGGUCCCCCCGCGGCGGCGGUUGAACCUUACACUUCCACAACGGUGGUUGAUGCCAUUAUCGCUCCCGCUACGGUGGUUAAAGCUGUACCCUUUACCCUCUCCUCUUCCUCUUUCUCCGCAACAGCCAUACCAUUUGUGCCGCGGUCCCUGGCUCCCGACGCUCCCGAGUUCGUGCCCUUCGGUCGACGUAUCGAAAGGGAUUCGCUCUCUGCUACUGCCGAGGAAUUCGUUCCGCCUUUAGUUGUCGCCCCUGCCGCUAUCUACCCCCAACAGCACCAGUCACUAGCAGCUGAGCAGUCGUCGUUGUCUUCAGAAACACCCUCUUUGGUGCAGCAACGGCAGCAACAGCUCAGCGGAGAAGAGUCGUUGUCGUCUUUGGACCCCGGCCGCGUCAACUCUUGGACGGAUCACCGUCGUGACCACCCUCGUGCGCCCCGGCACUUGAGGCCAUCUCACCAAGGUCACCAGCGGAAUCAUCACCAGCCAGAGCUCGCACUUCGCCGCCCUCCCAGCGUGUCGUUUGGCUCUUGGUCGUUUCCUUCGCAGGCCUUUUUACCCCCUUGCGAACCCCAGGCUGCCACUACCACCGAGGAGAAGAAAAAGUUGCCGCCCCCGUCUUUGUUCGACCCAGCCCGUCCAGAUUUCGAGGAGAACUUCCCGCCUCUUGGUCAAGCCCCUGCUCACGCCCACACCAAAGCCAAGCUGUUCAAGUCAUUCAAGCAGCAGCAACAACAACAAUCCAAGGCGUCCAAUUCUGCUGGCUCUCCCUCCUACAACUCUCACCACGCUGCUGUUCAAGAUGACCACGGCCACAGCCAGGCGGACAUCUAUGCUGCCAGCCCCAUUCUUCAGUCUGCAUCGGCUACAGCUAUCGUCAGCACCACCACUGGUAAUAAUACCACAAGCGAGACGAGCGAGAGGAUCAAAGGCACCAUCAGUAGCGAUGGCUAUGGUCGUAGUAAUGGCACUGGCACAACUUUUGCCGGCCCUGAUGAGACUGAUGGCGACAACCAAACCCAUGUCCAUCCCGCCCAGCCCCAGCCCCAGUUCCUUCCCAACGCUCCUGAGCAGCACCACAACGACAUUACCUCGGCGGAGGAGCGACGUCUGCUCCUGCAGACUUACCACUCCGGCCGUGACGAUCCUGGUCCUGUCCCUGAUCUUGGCUGUGGUCUGGCUCCUCUCCCUGUUUUUUCUGUGGGCACCACCCCUGGACCGCUUACUUUCCCGCUUGCGCCGCCUGCUUCCUACCCCCACGGCUACGGCUACGGCUAUGAUCAACCGCCUUUUGGUCCUCCUCACGCCCACGCCCACGUUCACGGGUACCAUCACCAACCUCUCCAAUCUCUUCACCCCCAGCGCCGCGUCCACUUCGCCGACUACAACACGGUGAUCCACUUCCCUCCUUCGCCUUCGCCUUGGGGGAACAUAGGCGCCGUGUGGGAGUUGGUACCUCAGCAGUGUCCAGAUGGUGACAGCGCCGGUUUUGGUUCUGGUUCUGGUUCUGCUUCCAGUCCUGGGUCCAAUCCCCACUCCCCUCCUGCUUUCCUCCACCACAAUGACGCAGGCCUAAACCCUUUCGUUCCCCGCCGUCCGACAGCCUUGGAGCAGCAGCUCCCCCUUCCGACUCCCUACAACUACUUCUCUUUCUCUUCGCGGCUUAUCCCCUCCCACCUCUUUGAGCAGGCUCAAGUCACUUUCCAGCAGCAGCAACGGCAGCAACAACCCCCUCCUGCCUUCAACUCCGGCUACCCAGCCCCUUUCCCCGCUUUCAACCCGGGUUCGGUCCCGUCGUUGUCCUGGGAGAUCCUGGAGAUGGUGGAUGUGUUGGACUUGGUGGAGGACUUGAGGAGUGCGGGGGUGGUGGAGAGGGAGGCGGAGGCGUGGCAAUUAAGGGCGCCGGUUGGGGAGAGAACGUGGGAUUUGAGUUUUGGAGAGGGAAGUGGGGAUGUGCGAGGGGAAGGGGAAGGGGAAGUGGAGGAGAUUGGGUUGGAGGAGGUGUCUGAGGUGGUGAGGGAGUUGGUGAAGGAGAUUGAUGAGUUUGAUGAUUAG